GCGUCCCCGUUUCCUUCCCAAACCGUUCUCCUCCUCUUCCUUUCUCCACAAUUUUCCCUCUCUGCGCUCCUGGGAUGUUCUGCGGAUGCGUUCUGAGAUUUUUGGUCAUCUGAAGGUGGUGUUUGUCUCCUCGAUCGGCUCUCUUUUGUUGCUAUUUUCGCUGGUGCGGUUCGUGGUGGCCGGAUUCGCCUCCUCGGGGUUGCUCCGCGCUCGUCUGAACUCAUGGCAGCUCUCGUCAAACGCGGAGGCAGCGAUGAUUUCUGCUCUGGCGGCCCCUUCUUCUCAAACCUCAUGGAACAGGGGCUUCUCGUGUCACUUGCUUGUUCUAUUGAUGGUAACUGCCCUCCUCGUAAGAGGUCCAGGGUCAUUGCUCCGCUCGUCCUCGGAGUAGGGGAGAGAGUUGCAGACAAGAAGCAUCAACCCCGCUCAAUUGACACCCUUCCUGAUGAAUGUCUCUUUGAGAUCCUUAGACGGUUGCCAGGAGAUAAGGAGAGAAGCAACUCUGCUUGUGUGUCUAAGCGUUGGCUUAUUCUUCUGAGCAGCAUCCGUUCUUCUGAACUUGCUGCUCAGAUGAAACCUAGCGUCAAAUCUAUGAAGAAGACCUUGCCAGACCUAAACAAUCUUGUACCUGUAAAUGAGAAUGAAACUGAGAACAAUGGAUUUCUUACCAGGCGUUUGGUCGCUGAGGAAGCUACUGAUAUCAGACUUGCUUCUAUUGCACUUGGAACUUGUAGCCGUGGUGGGCUGGGGAAGCUUUUCAUCCAAGGAGGUGAUUCGACUAGGGUCUCUGAUGCUGGCCUCUCUGCGAUUGCUCAUGCAUGUCCUUCCCUACGGGUCUUAUCUAUGUGCAUGACACCUUUGGUCACUGAUGCCGGUAUAGCAGAAAUUGCUGAUGGUUGCCCAUUGUUGGAAAAGCUAGAUCUAUGCCAAUGCCCACAGAUCUCAGACAAGGGCUUGAUAACUGUUGCUCAGAAGUGCCCCAACUUAAUGUCUCUCACUAUCGAGGCAUCCUCAAGCAUAAGUAAUAAAGCUCUUCAGGUUGUUGGUCGUUUCUGUACAAAAUUGAAAUAUGUUACUAUCAAAGACUGCCCAGAAGUUGGCGACCAAGGAAUUGCAAGCUUGGUCUCUUCUCCCUCCUCUUCUCUGGAAAAGAUCAAACUUCAGGCUUUGAACAUUUCUGACUUAGCCCUAGCAGUUAUUGGCCAAUAUGGGAAGAAUCUAACAGAUCUGUCUCUGACUGGCCUGAAAAAUGUGGGGGAGAAGGGAUUUUGGGUUAUGGGCAAUACUUGUGGGUUACAAAAGUUAAGAUCGAUCACCGUCAACCAUUGCAACGGACUUACAGAGGUAGGAUUGCAAGCUAUUGCAAAAGGUUCACCUUUACUGAAGCAGGUCUUUGUCCGCAAAUCUUGUGACCUAUCUGAUGCUGGUUUAGUUUCUUUUACUGAAAAGGCAAGGGCACUUGAGAAUUUGCAUAUUGAGGAAUGCCACCAGUUAACUCUUAUGGGUGUCCUUGGUGCUCUUCUGACAUGCAACCCAGAGUUGAAAUCACUAUCUCUAAUGAGAUGCUUGGGUAUCAAAGAUAUAGAUUAUGCUCCAGCCCAACUGCCAUCAUGCAAGUCACUUGAGUCUUUGACCAUUCGAAACUGUCCUGGUGUCACUAGUGCCAGCUUACAAGUGGUUGGAAAAAUCUGCCCCAGAUUACAGAAAGUUGACUUUGGUGGUCAAGCUGGAGUCACAGAUGCUUCACUUAUUCCACUGAUCCAGAGUUCUGAAGUAGGUAUUGUGGAGGUCAAUUUGAGUGGUUGCGUUAAUGUUUCUGAUGCCCUGGUUACUAUGCUGGUUAAGGCACAUGGAAGCACUCUAAGGAUGCUUAAUCUUGAUGGUUGCAAAAAAAUCACUGAUAGAAGCAUCAUGGCAAUUGCUCAGAGCUGUCUUGUGCUCAAUGACCUGGAUUUAUCGUGUUGCACGAUCGGUGAUUAUGGUGUGGCAAUCCUGGCAUCAGCAAGGCAGCUUAACCUGCGUAUGCUUUCUCUUGCAAGCUGCUCCAAGAUCACCCAGAAAAGUCUGCCGUUCUUAUUAAACAUGGGUCAGUCGAUAGUGGGUCUGAAUCUGCAGCACUGCCACUUGAUCAGCACUGAUGCAAUCAAUUUGCUCGAGGAGAGGUUGUGGCUGUGUGAUAUCAUUUUCUAGAUGCAGAGAAGCAUGGUGCUUGGGAGUCUUUCAAAAUAACCAAGCUUUCGUUACAUUCAGCGCUGCCAACCAUGAGCAACAGAAGUCCGUUUCAGUUUGUUUUUUGGUUCACCGUCCUCUGGGCUUCGGCUCUGCAACUUUUGGUCACCAUCCGUGGAUCUAUGGCUGAUCAUUUUUACAGAUGUUCUUAACAAAGGAACUCUGUUUUUUUGGGAAAAUUUAGCAGGCUCCCAGUGUCUGCCGGUUUCCUCUAUUUUGGCCUUGGCUACGGUGAUCACCAUAUGCAGUCUCAGUCCUAGUUUUUCGCUUACGAGUCUAGUUAUCUCAUGUUCUUCGUGUUUUUUCUGUGAUCAUGGUUCUUAUUACCAACGAAGCUGGAUACAUUGUUUCACUUGGUGUUUUAGCCAAGUUUUCAUAUCAGUAAUUCUUGUCAAGUGAGUCAGUCCUAGUGCUUUUGCUCUGGGCGUGUCCCGUGUCAUCUGGGUCUGUUGGAGUCUGUAAUGCUGGUCUUGUUUGGUUGCUUUUACAGUGUUUUCAGAAGCCUGAAUGCAUGGGGAUUGGCUAGGCUGCAUAAUUCUCUAUUAUUGUGCAUGCCAUGACAACCUUGGUCGGUUGUUUUUUAUUCGCCAAAUCCUAUUUUUACAGGCUGAUGGAAAACUGUAAUCUACGCAUCCUUAUUUUAUAAUCAAAUAAAGUUGUUUAAUAGUGGUCA